CCGUUCGGCCGUCCGAUGGCCGAUCGCGUCCCUCUUCUGAACCAUGACGACGAGGAGCCACCCGCCGGCCGGCGCAGCCCGCGCGUCGCUUCGCUCGACGUGUUCCGCGGUCUCAGCGUUUUCCUAAUGAUGCUCGUUGACUAUGGUGGAUCGAUUUUCCCGAUCGUUGCUCAUUCUCCGUGGAACGGCCUUCACUUGGCCGACUUUGUGAUGCCUUUCUUCCUUUUCAUUGUCGGAGUGUCUCUUGCUCUUGUCUAUAAGAAAGUAACGAACCGGGUAGAAGCUACAUGGAAGGCAGUUGCGAGAGUGUUGAAACUUUUUCUUCUUGGCGUUCUUCUUCAAGGUGGUUAUUUGCACGGGAUAUCUUCUUUAACAUACGGAGUCGACAUUGAAAGAAUACGGUGGUUUGGGAUUUUGCAGAGAAUCGCCAUUGGCUACAUUGUCACGGCUCUAUGCGAGAUUUGGCUUUCACAAAGGACGUCGCGACAAUGGCAUUUUGUUCAGAGUUAUUAUUGGCAUUGGUCUCUUGCAAUUUUUCUGUCAGUAAUAUACGUGGCUCUAUCCUAUGGUCUAUAUGUUCCUGAUUGGCAGUUUGAGGUGACAUCCUCAUCGGGUAGCACUUUUUACUCGGUUAAAUGUUCAGUGAGAGGUGAUCUUGGCCCUGCUUGCAAUGCAGCUGGAAUGAUUGACCGAUAUGUUAUUGGCAAUAAUCACCUUUAUGCAAAACCUGUUUACCGGAAUUUGAAGGACUGUAACAUGUCUACCAGUGGCCAAGUUUCUGAUAACUCACCAUCAUGGUGCCAUGCUUCUUUUGACCCUGAAGGUAUUCUAAGCUCCCUAACAGCUGCCGUAACUUGCAUUAUUGGACUCCAAUAUGGUCAUGUCCUAGCAAACCUACAGGAUUCUAAAAGGAGAUUAGACAACUGGUUCCUGUUUUCAGCUUCGUUGUCUGUCCCAGGGAUUUUCCUUGCUUUAGUAGGUGUUGCGGUGAACAAAUCACUGUAUACGGUCAGCUACAUGUUGAUUACUUCUUCAGCUGCGGGAGUCACAUUUUGUGCUUUGUAUCUGCUGGUGGAUGUUUAUGGUUACAGGCAGUUGACUUCUUUGUUAGAGUGGAUGGGAAAGCAUUCUCUGAGCAUCUUUAUUCUUGUAACUUCAAAUGUUGCAGUUAUAGCCCUUCAGGGAUUCUAUUGGAAGGUCCCUGAGAAUAACAUUAUUCACUGGAUUGUGACGCUUGUAGUGCGUUCGAAGAAGAUGACGAAGGAAGUGAGCGAGGAAGCACAGACCCACCACCAUGGCAAAGACUACGUCGACCCCCCGCCGGCUCCUCUCCUCGACAUGGGCGAGCUCAAGCUCUGGUCCUUCUACAGGGCCCUCAUUGCGGAGUUCAUCGCCACCCUCCUCUUCCUCUACGUCACCGUCGCCACCGUCAUCGGCCACAAGAAGCAGACCGGGCCGUGCGACGGCGUCGGCCUCCUCGGCAUCGCCUGGGCCUUCGGUGGCAUGAUCUUCAUCCUCGUUUACUGCACUGCUGGCAUAUCCGGUGGACACAUCAACCCGGCUGUGACAUUCGGACUAUUUUUGGCAAGGAAGGUGAGCUUGAUCAGGGCACUGUCGUACAUGAUCGCUCAGUGCUUGGGCGCGAUCUGUGGUGUGGGGUUGGUGAAGGCAUUCAUGAAGCCCUUCUACAACUCGCUCGGAGGUGGUGCCAACUCGGUGGCUACGGGCUACAGCACGGGCACGGCUCUGGGUGCUGAGAUCAUCGGCACUUUCGUGCUGGUUUACACCGUGUUCUCGGCCACUGACCCAAAGAGGAGCGCUCGUGACUCUCAUGUGCCGGUUUUGGCUCCAUUGCCAAUUGGUUUUGCGGUGUUCAUGGUUCACUUGGCCACCAUCCCCAUCACUGGCACUGGCAUCAACCCGGCUAGGAGCUUUGGUGCUGCAGUUAUCUACAACAACGGCAAAGUGUGGGAUGACCAAUGGAUCUUCUGGGUUGGACCAUUUGUGGGGGCACUCGCAGCAGCAGCAUACCACCAAUACAUCCUCAGAGCAGCUGCCAUCAAGGCCCUCGGAUCCUUCCGCAGCAACCCAACCAACUAAGAUCUUUGCGAUUUUCCCCUUUUUUAUUUCAUUUGUUUGUUUGUGUGAAUGAGAGAGGAGUAUUAUGAUGAAUGGAUGGAUGGAGAUGGAUGGUGAUGAUGGACCCUAUCUUAAUUUAUUGAUGCUUCGGUAUCUAAGGGUGGGUAGAGUUUGGACCUUGUAUCAUUAUUAUUGCUGUUAUUAUGGUUCAUGAUUAGUGGUGGAAUUGUUUCCUUUAUCU